CUCUUCAUCGUUCCCAAAAUUCUGUGGUGUUACGAUUCCCAUUCGCUUGUUUCUUCUUUUUUAGAAAAUUUGGUUUUCGAUUUUUCGUUGCCUUGCGAUUCUCUGUUCUUCCAUGACCCUUUUCGCGUCCAGUGGGUUUGCCGCAGCGAACCCAUUUGGACGAGAACAAUUAGAAUCGUAUUUUUAUUUUUAUUUUUUUUAAAAUUCUCUGAUUUUCCAUGAUAGCGCCAAUGGCGCUUCAGUGAUUUUCGUUGUUCUUUGUAUCUCUUUCUUCUACAUUUGAAUUCUAAAAGUAUAAUAAUACCCCACUUGCCAUCUCUUUCAUGGUCGUCUUUCAUAUUCAUUCGCUGUCUUAAGUCAACAUUACGGUCUUCUUCUUUCUGGCGAGGGCUCCUUUUAGGGUCUGCGGGUCCGAUUUUGCUGAGGUUGAAGGAUUAUCUAUGAUAAUGGGAAUUACAACAGACAACAACAUUCUGUACACUUCUUACUUUACCGGACUGCAUUCUUAACCCUGUUUGAUCUCUCAGGUCUAGAAUUCCUUGAACGCAAGGUGUACUAUUUGAGUUAUCUGUGUUGAUCUUAGCGAUGGAUUCAAAAGGAAAUGAUAUGGGGGGUAUUACGAUCCCAAAGGAGACACAGGGUCAGGAUAGAACUAUGAACUCAAAGGUGGCUGGUAUGGGAAGCAUUAGCAGCAAAGAUAUGAUAUUCAGAGCAGAUAUGAUUGAUUUGAAAACCCUAGAUAUGCAGCUAGAAAAGCACUUGAGCCGUGUUUGGUCAAAGAGCAUUGAGAAUCAAAGGCCUAAGGAGGCGUGGGAGAUUGAUUUGUCUAAACUUGAGAUUGAAAAGGUAGUUGCGCAAGGGACAUACGGAACAGUAUACAAGGGUACAUAUGACAAUCAAGAUGUUGCAGUGAAGGUAUUGGACUGGGGGGAGGAGGGUCUAGCCACAUUGGCUGAAACUGCUGCUUUGCGGGCAUCAUUCCGGCAAGAGGUUGCUGUUUGGCACAAGCUUGAUCAUCCUAAUGUUACAAAAUUUGUCGGAGCUUCAAUGGGAGCUACAAAUCUUAAAAUUCCAAUGGAUGGUCAAAAUUUGUUUCCAUCUAGGGCCUGUUGUGUUGUUGUUGAGUUUGUUCCCGGUGGGACAUUAAAAGAAUACUUGAUUAGAUCCUGUAAAAAGAAACUGGAAUUUAGGAAAGUGAUUAAAUUAGCUUUGGAUCUCUCUAGAGGGCUCAGCUAUCUACACUCCAUGAAGAUUGUACAUCGUGAUGUCAAAACUGAAAAUAUGUUGAUGGAUUCUGACGACAAUGUCAAAAUUGCUGAUUUUGGAGUUGCCCGUGUUGAAGCUCAGAAUCCAAGAGACAUGACUGGGGAAACUGGUACUCUUGGAUACAUGGCCCCAGAGGUUCUUGAAGGGAAGCCGUACAAUAGAAGAUGUGAUGUCUAUAGUUUUGGCAUCUGCUUAUGGGAAAUUUACUGCUGUGAUAUGCCAUACGCGGAUCUUAGUUUCGCUGACGUGUCCUCCGCAGUUGUUCGACAUAAUCUGCGGCCGGGUAUCCCGAGAUGCUGUCCAAGUUCUCUGGCAAAUGUGAUGAAGAAAUGCUGGGAUGCCAAUCCAGCCAAACGCCCUGAAAUGCACGAGGUUGUCAAAAUGUUAGAAGCCAUUGAUACAAGCAGAGGAGGGGGGAUGAUUUCUCCUGAUAGCUCUAGAUGUUUCUGUUUUGGGCCUUUCCGCAAGAUCCGUGGUCCAUAA